CAAAGCAAAGAAGACGAGAAGGAAGGCGGGAGAGAGAGAGAGACAUCAUCAUCUUCUACCAUUUUCACGACGAAAGAGAUCUCUCGUUUCAAAUGGCGGAUUUGCUAAGAAAAGUGAAAUCGAUGAAGAAGAAGGAAAAGAGCAACACACAAGCUCUAAUCCUCGGCAAAUACGAAAUGGGAAGGCUUCUCGGCCACGGAACCUUCGCCAAGGUGUACCUCGCACGCAACGCGACCUCGGGAGAAAGCGUCGCGAUCAAAGUGAUCGACAAAGAGAAAGUCCUCAAAAGCGGUUUGAUCGCGCACAUAAAACGCGAGAUCUCCAUCCUCCGCCGCGUCCGCCACCCGAACAUCGUCCAGCUCUUCGAGGUCAUGGCGACCAAGUCCAAGAUCUACUUCGUCAUGGAGUACGUCAAAGGCGGCGAGCUCUUCAACAAAGUCGCCAAAGGGAGGCUCAAAGAAGACAUCGCUCGCAAAUACUUCCAGCAGCUCAUCUCCGCCGUCUCCUUCUGCCAUUUCCGCGGCGUCUACCACCGCGACCUCAAACCGGAGAAUCUCCUCCUGGACGAACACGGGAACCUGAAAGUCUCCGACUUCGGUCUCAGCGCGGUCUCUGAUCAGAUCAGACAAGACGGUCUCUUCCACACUUUCUGCGGCACCCCUGCUUACGUGGCACCCGAGGUUCUCGCGAGGAAAGGCUACGACGGAGCUAAGGUGGAUAUCUGGUCGUGUGGGGUGAUCCUCUUUGUGUUGAUGGCGGGCUUCCUCCCUUUCCAUGAUCGUAACGUUAUGGCUAUGUACAAGAAGAUAUACAGAGGAGAUUUCAGGUGUCCGAGAUGGUUUCCGGUUGAGAUUAACCGGUUGUUGAUUCGAAUGCUUGAGACUAAACCGGAGAGACGGUUUACAAUGCCGGAUAUUAUGGAGACUAGUUGGUUCAAGAAAGGGUUUAAACAUAUUAAGUUCUACGUCGAGGAAGAUCACAAGCUCUCUAGUGCUGACGAUGAUAUCGAGUCGGUCGAAUCGGUUUCCGAACGGUCUUCCACGGUGUCUGAAUCGGAGUUCGAGUUGUGUGACGCUAGGAGAAGAGCAGUGUCGUCGUCGAUGCCUAGACCGGCUAGUUUGAAUGCGUUUGAUCUCAUCUCUUUUUCUCCCGGUUUUGAUUUAUCCGGUUUGUUUGAUGAUGAUGGUGAAGGGUCGAGGUUUGUGUCCGGAGCUCCGGUUAACCAGAUUAUAUCGAAGCUGGAGGAGAUUGCGAAGGUUGUGAGCUUUACCGUGCGGAAGAAGGAUUGUAAAAUGAGUCUUGAAGGUUCGAGAGAAGGGAGUGUGAAAGGUCCGUUGACUAUUGCUGCUGAGAUAUUUGAGUUGACUCCAGCUUUGGUUGUUGUUGAGAUGAAGAAGAAAAGUGGUGACAAAGUGGAGUAUGAUGAGUUUUGUAAUAAGGAAGUGAAACCCAAGUUGCAGAAUUUGAGUGCGGAUAAUGGAGCGUCGGUUUCUGCGUCGCGUUCUUUGCCGGCUUAUCUACUCUCUGAUACUGAUUAGGAAGAUGAAAACUGUUUUUUUCUUCUUUUUUUUUAAAUUGGAUUUUUGAAGCUGCUUAAUUAUUGGUUUAGGUUUUGGUCGAGAUUGUGAUGUUCUUGUUCUUGGUGUAAGAGACAUCAGACUUUAGAGCUAAAGAGAGUGGUGACUAGUGAGAUAUAUGAGUCUUGAUGUAUAUAAGGAAGAUUGAAUAAAACAAGUAAUUUUU